AUGAGCUCUUAUUUUCUAAACUCGUUCUCAGGGCGCUAUCCAAAUGGGUCUGACUAUCAGUUACUAAAUUAUGGUACUAACGGUGCUAUGAACGCUUCUUACAGGGACUCCACCAGCAUGCAUUCCGGGUCUUUCGGUUACAACUACAAUGGAAUAGACCUUAGCGUAAAUCGUCCCAACAAUGGCCAUUUCGAGGCAGUUGGAGAUAAUUCUCGCGCCUUCCAAAACCCGGGUCAGGACACCCGGUACAGACAGUCGAGUUGCUCGCUCUCGUCUCCAGAUCCCCUGUCUUGUGCCACCAGCGAGGCUCUGGAAUUGAAGGGUUCAUCUCCUCCAUCCGAUCAGAGCACACCAGCGGGCAACAACAGACUCGCCAACAGCAACAAUCUCACCAGCAGCAAUAGCACACAUUUUGCAGACACAGACGAGACCAACGUCUCAUCCGAGACCGAGGAAGGAGCACAGACAAACACCACCACACGCACCCAGAAGCAAGAAUCUGUCGCGUCCUCGACUACAACACCUAACGACGGUCAAAGUCCACAGAUAUUUCCAUGGAUGAGGAAGCUGCACAUUAAUCAUGAUAUGACUGGACCUGAUGGAAAACGGGCUCGAACAGCCUACACUCGCUACCAGACGCUCGAGCUGGAGAAAGAGUUCCAUUUCAAUAGAUAUCUCACGCGCAGGAGGAGAAUAGAGAUAGCUCACGCGCUGUGCCUCUCAGAGAGGCAAAUCAAAAUCUGGUUCCAAAAUCGCAGGAUGAAAUGGAAGAAGGACAAUAAACUGAAAAGUAUGAAUCUGGCUACGGCGGGGAGCGCAUUUCAGAAUUGAUCAUUUAACGUCCUCGGUAGAAAAUUCGACUACUGUCACAGCGCUGCACCUUUCAGCUUGUUGAUAUCACCUGACAACGUGUAAUUCCCCCGUGCAACUCGAAAUUGUCAGCUGUUGAAUAUUGUUAUCACGUAUGCUAA